AUGGUGGAGCACAUUGCGAACCUUGCUGGGAACAAAACUCUAGUUUUGCCUGUGCCUGCAUUUAAUGUCAUCAAUGGAGGAUCACAUGGUUUCACUGUCAACCUGAAUUUUACGAACCUUGUUGGGAACAGAACUCGGUAUAGGCAGAUUGUCAAUUACUAUUUUAUUUCCCAUCUUGAAGAUUUCAUUCAUCUCAAAGCAUGUUAUCUUUUUCUCUCCGUAGGACAUGUUUCCAAAGGUGUAAAACCCAAAGGCAGGGGAGCUUCGAAGAAGGCUCUUGCUAGAAAGCAGAAAAUGCCAACAGCCGUUGAUAGUGAAGAGGAAGAUGAUAAGGAGCUUGAGCUGAAAGAACAACUGACAGCGUAUAACAUUGAUUCUCCUUCAGAUCAAACAGAAAGGGAUCCGUUAUGCGAAGGAUCCCCCAGUCAUGCAUGUAACGGACCUGCUGACGCAUCUGCAAAAAAAGCUAAAGAUUUCUUGCCCUUCUUGCAACAGAGUGAAAGGCUACCCGUUGUUGUGGAUUACGUCCUUAGUGGUCAUCGGUUUAAAUUGCUGAUCCCCAAGGAAACUUGCAGCAUUCCAUUCUCCUUCUCUAGUGUUAGAUGCCCCGGCCGCGAUGAGCCUUUCUUAGAUGAAGCAAUUGCCUUCAUGAGAAGAAAGAUCUUGCUGAGGGAUGUAGAGAUUGAAGUCAAAAUAGUUGAUAGAACUGGAACCUUCUUAGGUUCUUUAUGGGAAUCAAAGACCAACAUGGCUGUGGUUCUUCUAGAGUCUGGGCUGGCAAGGCUUCAAACUGCUUUUGGUGCUGACAGGAUUCCUAAUUCUCACCUACUUGCAAAGGCUAAGCCGUCUGCAAAAAACCAGAGAUUGAAGAUUUGGGAAAAUCAUGUUGAAGGACAGGAAGCUACUAAUGGGUCAUCAGUGGCUGAGACCAAACAGAAGGAAGUGCUUAAGGUGGUGGUUACUGAGGUACUGGGCGGUGGCAAGUUUUAUGUCCAAACAGUUGGAGAUCAGAAAGUGGCUGUUAUUUAGCAGCAACUAGCUUCAUUGACCCUCCAAGAUCCUCCUGUCAUUGGCGCUUUUAAUCCUAAGAAGGGGGAUAUUGUCCUUGCUCAGUUCAGUGCAUAUAAUUCUUGGAACAGGGCCAUGGUGAGACUCUCAUUAACUACAAAAAGUGGCUCCUUUUAUGUUCUGGAAAAGUUGGUCGCAAUCACUAGUUGUCAAUAAGCAGUAUUUAUAAUUUUAUUGGCUUUGAUGCACCAUCUGGCAUAGCUGUGCUUGGGUUAAGCAAUCACUAGUUGUCCCUAGCAUUUGUUUCUUCUAUCAAGAUAACGAUGAUUUUGGCCCCUUGAUGUAUCUAUUCUUGUUUUUUUUUCCCCCCUUUAUUAACAAUUUUUCAUGUGUUAAAAAAAAGGGAAUAUAAUGAAGAAUAUUGCUUCAAAUAGUCUGCAAACAUUAGUAAUUAAAUUUAGAAUGUUGUAAACACUAACAUAUAUUUGUUUUAUAAAAGCAAACUACCAGCAUUCAACCGAAUAUGAGUGGCAUGCUGUGGACGGGAUACCUGUAUGCCAUGUCUUGCAAAUUAGGAAAUAUGAAUUUGCAUCCUAACUUGUAUCUGGAGUCUGUAUCCAUCCUACCUUGGAGCAUUGUUGUUUUUGCUUGCUUUGGAGAUUUUAGAUAUUGCCUUCAUGAAAUUUCUUUUAGCUAUUUUCCCUAUAAUUUAAUAUUAUUUUUGGGAAUUGCAAUUGAUUUUAUUUUAGUUCAUUAGGGGGUGUUUGGCACAUGGCAUUGGGAAGGAUUAGGUGGGAUGGGAUUCAAAAAAUAUAAUUAUUACACAUGGCAGGGAUUGUCCCCUGAUACCAUGGGAUAAGCUUAAUUCCAUGCUAUGUUUGUAAUACAGUCGUACAUUGAAUGGAUAUACCUACCAUCAUUUGAAACUAUUGAGAAUAACACGUGUUAUAUCUAAACUGUUCAUUUGUUUUGUAACCUCAUUUUAUGGCAUGGGCCUAAAAAUGAGGCAGAUCCAAAACUUCUGAGUUUGAAUCCGAGAAAAACAUGCAUGUCUAUGUUGUUUCAACAGAAUCCCCAUCAUCUACUUUUGCCCCAUGUUUCUUUCAUGCUAGAAAUGCCCAUCAGCCCAGGAUCCUUCAUGAUGCGAGCAA